AUGAAGAUGGAGAAAUAUCCGAGAGAUCUGUUAGAGAGACUCUGUGUUUCAAGUGGUGGAAGUGAUGAUAAUAUUCAUAGAACAACAACAACAACAACAACAACAAGAACAGCACAACAAACACAGAACGCGCAACAUCAUCAUCAACAGUAUCAUCAAUAUCUUCGUGAGAACGAGCAUGGUGAACAAGAAGAAGAGGAAGAAGAGGAUGAAGAUGAAGGGAUUGAACUGAAUCUUGGUCUUUCAUUAGGUGGUAGAUUUGGUGUUGACAAGCAUGCUAAGAAUAAGAAGCUUAUUAGAUCUUCUUCCGUUGUUGGAACAAUGCCUUUGCUCCGGGAAGAUAUUGCGGCGGCCGCCGGAGUGGCUUCGCCGUCUCCGGCGUAUCCGACUCUUAUGAGAGCUUCGUCGUUACCGACGGAGACAGAAGAGGAGUGGAGGAAGAGGAAGGAGUUGCAGACGCUGCGGAGGAUGGAGGCUAAGAGACGGAGGUCAGAGAAGCAGAGAGUUUCCAUUUCAAAGUCAGAGAAAGAUUCCAUUUCCACGGUGGCACCUAUAGGUGGUGGUGGAGGUGGUUGUUCAGAGGAAGUAGAGGGUGGUGGUGGUGGUGCAACAAUGGUGUUGAACAGAUCAUCAACAGUUGCUACUAUGCUACCUUUUGGAUUACCCAAUUGGGCUGUUGCAUCAAAGCAAGUUGUUGUUGGUGAUGUGUUAGGGAAAGGGAAAAUUGGGGUUGGUUUUCAAGGAUUGAUGUUUGCACAACCAUCUUCUCAAGGUUCAGUAGAAUCACAAGGUGGAAGUUCUUCAUCAGUCUCUGAAAUGGAUAGCAAACCUUUUCUAGGAUCAAGCAGUUGUGGUGAAGCAAGAAGCCCAGCCAGCAAUCAGUCCUUACAGGAAAGAAGCAACCAGGACUCCCUCGGUUCAUCAGGAGUGCCAAAGACAAAAGAGAAUUUGACAAGAACAACUUCAAGAUCCGAGAUAAUGGAGAAUGCAUCUAAAAAACCUCUUCCUAAUCAAAACAUUGGGAAGGAAAUUGGAACAAACUCGAUGGAAGACAUGCCUUGUGUAUUUACAAAAGGGUGCGGUCCUAAUGGAAGAAGAAUUGAGGGAAUCUUAUAUAAAUAUGGCAAAGGGGAAGAAGUGAGGAUAAUGUGUGUGUGCCAUGGAAACUUUCUGUCUCCUGCUGAGUUUGUUAAGCAUGCUGGUGGUGAAGAUGUUGCUCAUCCUCUUAGACAUAUUGUUGUUAACCCUUCUGCAGCUCCCUUUUUGUGA